AAAAAUGAAAUAAAAUCUCUAAAAAUCUAAAAAUUGAAUUUUGAACAAAUUUUUCAUUUUCUUCUUUUUGUCUUUUCAAUCAUUUCUGCUUUCGGUGUUUGGUGUGUGCGUUUGUCAGUUUUCAACACAAAAAACAAAUAGAAAAAAAGUGAGAAGAAAAAAAAAAUAAAAAUGUCCAAUUGGAAAAAUAAAAUCUGGACAUUUCAACAAAAGACAUCCGACAACGAUAUGGAAGAACAUCAGCCAUCAUCACAAUCACAAUCAUCAACAUCAACAACAUUAUCAACAACAACAUUGACAAAAAAAUUUUCAAAAAAACAUUCACAAUCAAUAAUAAUAACCAAAUCAUUGUAUAUAUUUUUAUUAGCUUGUUUUGGUAUAUUAUUCAUUAUAAUUGGUUUAUUAUUUUAUUUGGCUAUUUUACAUUCAUUAAUACAUAAAAUCAUUACAGAGAAAUUAGCUAUUGCCGAAGGCAGUGAAACAUUUGAAAAAUGGAAACAAAUUCCAAUGCCCGUUUAUUAUCGUUAUUAUUUUUUUAAUGUAUCAAAUCCUAUUGAAAUUGAACGUAAUGGUGAAAGGCCACAAGUACGUGAAAUUGGUCCAUUUACCUAUCGAUCACGUUGGAUAAAAGAUCCAAUAAAAUUUCAUUCAAAUGGAACGGUAACAUUUCGUGAACGUAAAUCUCUUGAAUUUGUCCCGGAGCUAUCAAUUGCAUCGGAUCGUGAUCGUAUUCUGGUUACAGUAAAUGGUCCAUUAACGGUAACAUUAGCAUUAUUACAAAAAGCACCAUUAGUUGUUCGUAAUAUUGUAUCGCUUGGAUUAAGUACUGUAGCUGAAGGCUUUUUUAUACGUCGUAGUGCUCGUGAAUUAUUAUUUGAUGGUUAUCAUGAAGUGUUAACAAGUUUUGGUCCAUUGCUCAAUCCAAACAUACCAAAUACUAAAGGUCGAUUUGGUUGGCUUUACGGUCGAAAUAAUACCGAUGAUGGAUCGCUUACUGUAUUUACUGGUCAAAAAGAUUUUACAAAAAUUAAUCAAAUUGAUCGUUAUAAUGGACAUUCUGAAUUACAAUUUUGGAAACCUAAAAGUGAAUGUAAUCGUUUAAAAGGAAGUACUGAUGGACAAAUUAUUGCAAUCAAUGAUGAACGAACAUUUAAAUUGUUUCAUCCUGAAUUAUGUCGUACAAUAAAAUUCAUUGCUGAUGAAACAGGAAUAAAUGCAACACAUUUUAUGCCAAAAAAUUAUAAAGGUGAUUUGAAUGAUAUAAAAAUUACUGUUGAUCGAUAUAUUCCUGAUUCGGAUACACUUGGUUCAAUGGAUGAACAUCCAUUGAAUUCUUGUUAUUCAAGUAAAAUUACACCAUCAAGACCAGAAUUAGGCGAUAUACUCGUAUCCAUACGAGAAAGAAAUCAGUCACGUUUUGUUAUUAAACCAUUUUUUCGAACCAAAAAUGGUCGUAUCAUAUUUCGUUCCGGUGUAUUCGAUUUGUCUGAAUGUAAAUAUGGUGCACCGGUUCUAUUAAGUUAUCCACAUUUUCUUUAUGCUCAUCCAAAUUAUCGUGAAAAUAUUGGUGGUCUUCGACCGGAUAGACGAAAACAUCAAUUUCAUAUGAUGGUUGAACCAAAUACCGGUACAAGUAUACGUUCAUAUGCACGUAUACAGAUAAAUAUUUAUAUUACAAAACCACCAUGGAUUUCAAGAUUUCGUUAUAUACCCGAAGUAGUGUUUCCAGUAUUUUGGCAAGAAUUAAGAGCAGAAGCAUCAUCCGAAAUAAUUGAACAUUUAAAUUGGGCAUUAACUAAACCGUUUAUUUAUGCUGAUAUUUUUUCCAUAGUGAUUAUUGUGAUUGGAUUAAUAUUAGUUUCAAUUAGUGGUUAUUGGCUAUUGUUUCAAAAACAUAAAAAUAAAACAAAUAUAACCGAAACAAAUAUUGAUAAAGAUGAAAAUAAUUUUGUAAUGUUUCAACCAACGGAACUGCUUUCCAAACAACAACAACAACAAACAAAAAAUAAUAAUAAUUUAAUGAUGAUUGUCGAUAAUAAUAAAAAUCGUUCAUCACCACCAACAUUAUCGAUUACAAGUUCAAGUAAGGUAAAUGCUGGUUUUGAUCAUGAAACAGAUACAACAACAACAUUAUCAUCAUCAUCAUCAUCGACAACAACCGAAAUAGAUAAUUCAAAUCAAGAUGAUAAUCCGGUGAAAAGUUGAUUAACAAUUUUCGACAAUUUUAAUCAAAUAUUCAAAUAAUCCUUUAUAACUGUGAUAUGUUUUUUCUUUCUUUCAUUUUUUUCGAUGUUUGUUAAAUCCAA